CCGACCUCUCAUAAUCCAUCAGCUAUCCAGCCUGACAUAUUUAAUCGUGACUAUACCAUCGAUUUCGAUUUUGCAUCAACCUCACUUUCUUCAAACACUUAUAUACUAUAUAAAAAUGGCCCCUACUCACCGAGUUGCAUUGUGCCAAUGGCAUAUCAAGGACCUCGACAUAGUAAUGAACCACAAAAAAGCAGGCGACUUCAUCAUAGAGGCCAAAGCCCAGGGUGCUGAACUAGUUGUACUGCCAGAAUACCACCUCAAUGGCUUCGAUCCAACAAACCCCACCUACGUUCUCCAAGCAGCAGAGUACGAAAGAUAUCUCACCGUCUACCGACUCAUGGCACUAGAGCGCAAUAUCUGCAUUGUGCCUGGUACAAUCGUCGAACGACACGUCAAAGUCGAUGAGAACGGCAAUGAAGUAGUCCAUUUGUAUAACACAGCCUACUUCAUCUCAAAUACGGGCGAGAUUCUGGGAUCCUACCGGAAGAAGAAUAUCUGGCACCCUGAACGCCCGCAUCUUACCUCGUCGGGUCUGGAACCGCAUGAGGUUUUCGACACGCCCUUGGGUAAAGUCGGUUUGUUGAUUUGUUGGGAUUUGGCCUUUCCUGAGGCUUUUCGGGAGUUGAUUUCCAAGGGCGCAGAGAUUAUUAUUGCGCCUACUUAUUGGACAAAACACGACGCCUCCCCCGAAGCCCUAGCGCACAACCCAGACUGCGAGGCCCUCUUCCUUGAAUCAACCCUCACAGCCCGCUGCUACGAAAACACCUGUGGUAUCAUCUUCGUCAACGCCGCUGGGCCGGCUGAUAAAUUCCUCGGCCUAUCCCGCGUGACGAUGCCUAUUGUGGGCCCCGUUGGUAAGAUGGGAAAUGAGGAAGAUAUCAAGGUCGUCGAUAUGGAUAUGGGGCUGCUGAAGAUUGCAGAGGCGAAUUAUCGGGUUAGAGAGGAUAUUGCCAAGGAGGGGUGGCAUUAUACGUAUAGACAUAGCGCGGCUUGAAUACCUUAUUAGAAGAAUUCUGGGAAAAGAGUUUUGGAUGCAUUAAUUCAUUAUCUGGUUGAUUGACUGUUCCGUCCUAUGGAAACGUCUGAUGGCCAUGCUUGGUAUCACAGAAAUAAGAAGCUCUUGGAUCGAAAAGAUCAAGGCAUGCAAGAAGACCGAAGAGAAAAAGAAAAUCAUGAAUCCCAACGAAGAGAUAUUCGAGUCAAAUCCGUCACCACUUCUCAAUG